AGUGCUCUUAAACGUGACGUGGCUUUCCGCUCCAGCCGGAAGAAAGGGGCAGAUCUGCUUGUUUGAUGCUGACCAGUUGAGUUAUUCCUCGAUCCGAGAGUAAAAAUCCCAACCUAAGGCAUAAUAAUGGUGACGGACGUGCAGCUGGCUAUAUUUGCCAACAUGCUUGGCGUGUCGCUGUUCCUGCUGGUCGUGUUGUAUCACUACGUUGCGGUGAACAACCCCAAGAAGCAGGAGUAGAGGACCAAUGUGACAGGAGAGGUGAGAUAGGACUCAAUGCCACCACCAAGGAAACAACAUUCCCCACUUCAAGUCCCAAGAGAUGAAUUUCUUUCUACGGUUGCACAGUAGUGUUUUUUUCUAAUAAAAAUGUGUGAAUGCCAUUUGCA